GAAAAAUUUUAUUUUUUCACUUUCUUCUUGCAUAGUCUUUUUGCAGUAGCAUCCUAUUUUAUCAAAAUGUCCGCCAUGGAUAUGAUUAAGUCCCUUUCCAGUAAGCCUGAAAAAUUUACGGGUGAAAAUUUUUUUUGUUGGCAACAACAAAUGAAAUUCUGGCUUACUGAAUUGGGUUUAUACUUUGUGAUUUCUAAAAGAGAAAUAAAAACUUCAACUUCCUCUACUGAUAUAGUUCAAACUGAUGCAACCAUUAAGCAUGACGUUUAUGAUAAAGAUAUUUUAUGUCAUGGACGCAUUUUAAGUGCUUUGGCUGAUAACAUAUAUAAGAUUUUUUGCCAUACCAAAACUUCUGUUGAGUUAUGGGAAGCACUUGAAUUGAAAUAUGGAUCUGCUGAAAAAGGUUUAAGUCGUUACUCUUGUGAAAAAAUGAUUGAGUUUCAAAUGAUUGAUGGAAAAUCUAUUUCAGAUCAGAUCCAUGAAUUUGAAAACAUUGUUUAUGACAUGAAAUUGAAAGGAAUCGUUUUGCCUGACAUUAUGCUUGUGGCUUUCAUGAUAUCAAAAUUGCCUCCUUCGUGGACUGAUUUUGCUCGAAGCUUGAAACAUAAACAUGAAAGUUUUACCUUUGAUGAUUUGCUUGUCUGUCUCCGCAUUGAGGAUAAACAUCGUUCAUCUCAAAAACACUUGCAAAAUUCUGAUUCUCACUCUAAGGCCUAUCUUGUUGAGAGCUCUAGCAAACCUUUCUCUAAGUCCUUCAAAAGGCAUGGGUUUAACAAAAAUAAAUUUGGUAGAAAGCCUUCAUUUUCUAAAAAUAAGAACAAUGCUUUUAAUAACAACAAUAAGCCUAAGGAUAAAAAUUCGGGGAAUGAAAUUUUUUGCUUUGUUUGUGGGCGAGCUAAUCAUUUGGCUAAUAAUUGUUUUCAACGUCAUCGCCAGCCCACGUCUUUCCCUAAACCGCAGGCUAAUGUUGUUACCACCAGUGCUGCCUCUGAUUCCCCAUCUAACAGUAAUACUAAUAAGGACAUGGUGUUUGAACCUAGGAGGAGUAAAAGAUCUAAAAAAGUUAAGGAUUUUGGUUCUGAAUUUUGCUCUUUUUUGCUUGAAGAUGAUCCUAAAACUUAUGGUGAGGCCACGAGGUCUAUUGAUUCACCUUUUUGGAAAGAAGCUAUUAUUGAUGAAAUGAGUUCUCUUAAAAAUAAUAAAACUUGGUUUCUUACUGAUCUUCCCCCUGGUUGUAAAAGUAUAGGUUGUAAGUGGGUUUUUCGAAAGAAAUUAAGAACUGAUGGAUCUAUAGAAAAAUUUAAGGCAAGGCUUGUUGUGAUUGGGUACUACCAUUAA